AUGGAUCCCCCAACUGAUCCACUGCUUUUUCUGCCCGCCCAUGAACUACAGAGUAAAUUAACUCGCAAGGAGAUCACCAGUGUCCAGCUGGUGGAAGCCUUCCUAGCACAGAUCGAGCACCAUAAUCAUCAUGGACGAGGGCUCAACGCCAUCAUCUCGACUUGUCCCAAAAAUAUCGUGUUGUCCCGAGCCAAGUGGCUUGAUGAACAGCGACAACUCGGCCAUACACAGAGCAAGCUGCAUGGGAUUCCCAUCGUCAUCAAGGAUGCAAUCGUUACCGACGAAUCGCUAGGCAUGCCCACAACGGUAGGGUCGCACGUGUUUGCUAGCCUCAGGGCAAGGAGGAAUGCAUCGGUGAUUACCAAGCUGAUUGAUGCGGGAAUGAUUAUCCUUGCGAAAGCAAACAUGACGGAGUUUUGCGGGUUGAAGUCUGACACUACGGCCAUUGGCUGGAGUGCCCAAGGUGGCCAGACCCUAUCUCCCUAUCGCCAGGAAGGCCUAGACGAGGAUGAACAGCCAACCGCGGGCGGCUCCUCCUCCGGCUCCGCAGUGAGCAUAGCUGCCGGGUUCGCUCCUCUUGCAAUCGGCACCGAGACAGCGGGCUCGACCGUCUAUCCCGCAAGCGUGAAUGGGUUGUACGGCAUGAAGAUAACUCCGACUUCCACCGCCCUCGAUGGCGUGUUCAAGCUUAGUUCAAGCUUCGAUGGUAUUGGAAUUAUGGCGCGAGAUCCGUUCGAUUUGGCUGCACUUACCGAAGUGCUUCUUACCACUCAAGCCUUUGACAGAAUUCCUAGGGAAGGUUACAGCUCCAUUAUGGGAGCCGCCUGGACAGGUCUCCGUCUUGGUGUGGUGGAUAUCAAAUGGGGGAUAGAUGACGGCAUCUCGAAGGGGAAAUGGGAUUCUCCCGAGGUGAAAGCGACAUACGAGGCUGCUACAGAGGAAUUCAUUGCCCAUGGAGCUCGAUUGGUCUACCCGCUCCAGAUACCGGAGGCCAAGAUUUUAAAGCAUGAUGGUCAUACCCUCCGCGAUGUGGCGAUUCAAGAUUUUCUGUUGAACUUUUGGCCCGACCCUCAGCUCCAGACUCUUGAAGAUAUAAUAGAGUGGAACAAAAAGCAUGACGAGGCAGAGCGCUUGAAACAUCUUGAUAUAGCGGGGACCACGCAAACAGAAAUCAUCGCUUCCUUGAAAAGCACGAUGUCUCCCGAAUCUCACGCAUCCGUGCUCUCCCAGCUCCGGCGGUUGGCCUCUGUGGAUGGAAUGGAGAAAUGGAUGGCUGAGCAAAGUAUCGAUAUUGUGCUUGGUCCCUCGGAUUCGACCCUUGUUUCGUUCGCUGCAUGUGCCGGGUGGCCUAUUGCAACCAUGCCCCUGGGCAAGCUGGGGAAGAACGGACAGCCGUAUGGCUUUUUCGCUUUGGCGAGGAGCGGGCGUGAGGAUACUUUGUUUCGCCUGAUGAGCGCAUUUUACAGAAUCUUCUCGGAAACAGACAGAUGA